AUGUCGGCCAACUGCAACAUUCUUGGAAGACUUCAACCAAGUCAUCUGCUUCUGCCUUCGUUCUUGCAAGACAUCACCUCACUCGCUUUGCUUUUCUCGGCUUUCAGUACUUGCGUCCUCAUCGCAUCUGAGGAUGGAAUCAACCCCUGGGAGCUGGAGGAACUUGCCUGUGACUCCUUGCUUGAGCGGGCGUUCAGGAUCACCCCUGAUAACAGGUACCUCAUGCUCCACGGUCAAUGGCACAUGGUUACAAUACGGAUAUCCCGGCAGAGGUGCAUUCUAAGUAGCAGGGCUGACUGGGAUACCAUGAGGAUAAGCCUAGCAUGGGCCGCCCUUGAAAGGCUGAGGAAAGCACGUGGUAGUGCGAUGAACAGCGUCAGGCAGGCUGGUUUGAAACUCACAGCCAAGAUAUCGGAACAAGUUCACUCGGCUUAUGGGCCGGUGGCUGGCAUCGGUGGAGCUGAGACCAAUGACGGAAGACCUGGGGAGUUACUCCACAGCAGUCGCAUGGCCUUGAAGACUGCUCUCUUUGUGGGAUCUGUAAGAAUGUUGAGAAGACCCGAGAGGGGCCGAGCCGUCAUCACAGAGUCGGGUGAAUGUUUACCGCUUGCGGUUGGACUGCCACCGCUACUUGGCUCGGAUGAUGUGAAAAUGGCCGAGCUGCAGAGCAUCCUCUGA